AUGGGAGAGGAUUACCGAAUGGGGGAACUGUUAUCCAAUUAUGCUCGAAGUUCGUUCAGCAACUGCAUUAAGGCGCUUUGUAUGCUCCACACGAACUCGCAGAGGGAACAGUACGCUCACCAGCUGGGCUCCUACGUGCGGAAAGGUAAGGCAAUGUCUCGUCUGCGUCAAAGACCUCAAACCGUAGAGGUCAUGUGGCCCAAAAUGCACACCGCGUCCUUCUCGACACCAGGACUUCCAGCUGUGUUGAAAGUAUUAGAGAACAAGCACGCUACCAGUCUCAAGGACAGUCAUGUUGCCAAGUACCACCAGACAAAAAACUUAACUUCUACACCAGUGGUGAUCUUGAAUUGCAUCAGACAGCACAGCAGCAACAAACGUGUGCUCGACAAUUCAGGAUUUCCAAAACAGCUUAUAGGCCUAACAACCAUGGGGGACAUGACUUCAUUGAGUCUUAACUCAGGGUCACGAAUUCCUUUGUUGGGGUUUGGUACCGGCAGCCUGGGACCACUGACCCAGAUGUCAGACGCAGAGGCCGGGCGAGCGAUCGGCGCCGGGCUGGAGUGCGGCUUCCGGCACCUCGACACGGCCGCCUUCUACCGGAACGAGCACGUCAUCGGGAGCGUCCUGGGCGAGUGGAUCUCGGCAGGAAAGCUCAAGCGGGAGGAGGUGUUUGUGACCACGAAGCUUCCACCGACCGGCCUCCAUGAGAGCAAAGUGGAGGCGUGGAUGCUUCGCUCACUGGAACGCUUGAAACUCUCCUAUGUGGAUCUCUAUCUCAUCCACUUCCCCGUCGCCAUGUUGGGCAGCGACGGGGAGGUGGCGCCUCACACGACGGAGGACGGGCGUGUCCGCUUCGACCCCGAGGUCAGCCUGGAGAAGGUCUGGCAGGCGAUGGAGAAGCAAGUGAAGGCAGGUCGGGCCAGAGCCAUCGGUUUAUCCAACUUCAACAGCACCCAGAUUAGCAGGAUUCUCAAAGUAUGCGAGAUCAGACCGGCCGUCCUGCAGAUCGAGGUCAACGCCUACCACCAGCAGCGCCUUCUGCGGGAGUUCUGCGGCCGCCACCAGAUCCCUGUGUGCGGUUAUGCUCCGCUGGGGGCGCCUUGGACCCCUUUUAGCUCGAAGCUCCCGACGCUCAUCGAAGACCAGGCGGUGCUGGCGAUGGCCGCUCGCUACGGACGCUCGCCGGCACAGAUCCUCCUGCGCUACCUCGUCCAGCAAAGGGUCGUCGCCGUUUUUAAAUCCGCGAACCCGGGGAGGAUGAGGGAGAACAUGCAGAUAUUCGAUUUUUCUCUAAAACCAGAGGACAUGAAGCUCCUUGACAACUUGGACCGGGGAAAAGAAGCAAGAAUUUAUACGAUGAAGUCCUUUAUUGGGGUCGACGAGCAGCCUGAGUACCCCUUCAACGCCCCUUUUUGAGAAAACGGAAACGUGGCGACGCUGAAAUGUGUUUUCUAUAUGAAGAAUGUCUUCCCAUUUUCUUUUUCUUUCUUAUUUUUCUUAAUUCCUUACUCUUAUUUUUCUUCUUUGAAUUUACGUUUCUGUGUCUCAUUUUAUUUCUUCUUUGAGUUCGUUUCAUCUGUUCCUGUCUACUGUUCCUGUUUCCUCCUGUAUGCGUGCCCGCGCUUGUCUGUAUGUGUGUGCGUGUAUUUUUCUCUCUAUCUCUCUCUCUUUCUCUUCUCUCUAUCUCUUUCUCUUCCUCUGCCCCUCCCUCACCCUCACCCCCUUCCUCUCCCUC